CAUGACAAAAUGACAAUUGUUAUAUUAUAAAAUCAUGAUUUCCAAUAUGGCCGCCCGAUCAAGUUUUAUUAAAUCAUCAUUUUAACGUUAGUGAUCUUUAUUUUAAGUGAUCGUCUUAAUCACUUUGUAAUAAUAUUAAUAUAGUGCGGCUUUCAAUGCAGAAAAUGGGUGAACACAACGAAAAAUCGGUAAAAUUAAUAUGCGGCAUCAUCGAGCAAGAGGAUAAACAUGUAUUGGAAGUAGACAUUCAACUUAAAUAUUAUAGAGAAGCAAUCGAUGCCGAGAAAAAACUAAUAAAAAUGAACCAACAUGAUCAUGAAAAAACAAAAAAUGAGAUUAAAGAAAUUGAAAUACGAAUUGGUAAAAUUCUGUUUAUUAAAAAGAGUGUCGAAAAAGACCAAGAAAUAAUACUGACAUCGUUAAUUACCUAUCAAAAAUUGGAGAAGAUGACUAACAAAGAAAUUACCCUAAAAACCAAAGAAGCUAGACAAAUAAAAGAGGAAUUUCAAAACAUUCACAAUGAGGUUAAGAAAAAAUACAUUGAAAAUCCCUUGUCUAGAGAGUUGGAAGAUGCUCGGGUAAGUUUCCUCAAGGUGGACAUCCAGAAUCGGGUGUUGGAAAAAGACAGACGUAUCAAAAAGCAAAUCGUGGUGCAGAGACGAGCCAUACAAAAAAAAUUAUAUUUUAAUUUUUACGUGAACAUGGCAGUUCACUUCUUAAUGGAAAAGAACAGCGCUGAAGUGCGCAUUGAAAAGGAAAAGGAACUGAAAACGUUUAAUAUGCUGCUGGCCGCCCAAGAAGAACACAAAAUGAGACAAAAAAUAAGGCUUUCCAGAGACCAAUUAAAACGACUUCCUAAGCUAACAUUUGGCAGUCAAGAAGUUAACAAUGAUAAGUCAAACACUCAAGUAUUUAAAAUCCCAGCACAACCGAAGCCACUAGUUCAAAAACCGAUCAAGGCUGUUCAACUAGAAGAACCACAACAGACAAUUUUAAAACAGCCCGCAAAAUCGAAAUUCAACGAGAAACUAACAAAUAUGUUUAACGAGGACGAACCUAAACAAGCCGUUGCUGCGAAAAUCAAAAUUAUAGAGCAGAAAGUGAUGAUACCGGCCUUCGUGCCUCCCGUACCGGUUAAGAGGAAGAAGCAAGUCGCUUUGACUAAUGUCUGGCGAAAGUCUCUUAAGACUUACCGUUCAUCACAAAGUAGCUCUGCCAGUCAAGAGUCUAGAAUAUCAACUCAAGAGAGUCAGUCGGAUCAUGACAUGUCACAGAAUUCUCCAAGAAUGUUCGAGCCGAAUACCUCCUUAGAGAGCCAAAGCAGAGAAUAUCCCGUACCAAGCGGUCUGCCGUCACAAAUAUCUCAGACUCCUAUCAUGAAAGAACCGACGCCCAAAGUUCAAGUGACAAGAGCUAAGCCGAUGAAGUCUAUUUUGACUCCUCAGUCUAGGGCUGGCACUGGAAAGGCCUCCAUGGGAGAAUCCAGUAAAACUGUACGAUUUAACGUGGUCCCCAGUCCAGUCAAAGAGUCUUCGAUGUUCACUGCUGAUCCAACGUUCAAUCAAGGUUUCGCCCAGGCGAUGUUCGAGAAUGCGCCUUUUAUAGAGAGCCAAAUGCCAUCUGAAAAUUACGCAGUUCUGAACAACUCCUUAAUGAAUACAAGUGAACAUGGUAUUACCUUCGAAGCUGAGAGCACUUCUGAAACUUAUGUCAGCCCCGAAUGUAACUACACCAUGGAAGCCGAAAAUGAGGAUGGAUCCCAAAAUCAGGCUUUCGGGGCGUUUUCGUUUGCAGUGAACGCUGACGGUGUCGGCCGUGCUGCUGGUGGUAACGAGGGCGGUGACGGCGGGAUUUUUUCGUUCGGUGCCACCAAAUCUAUGUUUAAUUUUUAAAAGUUCUAAUUUUACUAUUUUUAUUUCCAAUUAUGGUGAAAGCACAAUGUUUCGUGUUUAAUUGUAGGUUAUUUUUAUUUCAUUAGUUUGUUGUUGGUUCAUGAAGUUCCUCUUGUACGGAAGUUUAGGUUAAGUUGAUUAGAUGUUAAAGUUAUGAAGUUGUCGUGUAUUACAGUGAAUAAAAUAAUUUUUUUCUUACACAAGAAA